UGCUCUCACCUUUCACGACUCACCUUAGCGCCUACACACCCAGCUUGCUGGCACAAGCGCUCCUCACUGUCAUUUCCUCAUCCUCUCGCUUCUAGACCGGUCUCAUUUCACAUACCUACCGCCGCUCUCCUCAUAUCCCACCUCCAUCUCACGAUACAGUAGCCCAAAAUGUUUCGCGCCGCACACUCUCUCUAUUUCUUCGUCCUCAUGUCGCUCUUCAUGGCGACGGCGAGCCAGGCGGCAAGCCUGCCCAUACAUCAGCAGGCUGCAUUUGCCAUCCGCAACCCCUCAGCUCAUGUCGGGCGAGCUGUGGCCUCUUUCUCUCCCGACAGAGUCGGUGAAGAGCUCAAGAAUGCUCUGGGCGACCUGACGUUCGACCGCGUAGACAAUUCGACGUCGUCUUCAACCGCCUUGCCUGGAGCUUCGACCACUCCUGCCGUCCCGGGUGCGCCGCAGCGUUCCGAGUCGUCAUCAAUGAUGACUCGCACUCAAACCUCAGUCUCCGCCGCGGCCACACCCACCGCUGCGCUGCACGCCAGGAUGCAGCGCCGCAGCCUUAUCGGAGACAUGAUCGACCUGGUGCAGGAUUUCAAUGGCAACCUGACCGAGGUCGGUCAAGACAUUAAGAACAUCCUCAAGGACCUCGGCGUCACAGCUCUCGCCCGUCGCAGUGACGAGCUGGUGCAGAAUUCCAAGCGCUCGCCUUCGUCUCCUGCCGAAGCCAUUGCCAUGCGUCGAGGGUUGGUCGAUGACAUCCUUGGCAUUCUCAACGACACGCUCCAUCUCAACCUCAACGAGGUGGCGACUGACGGCAAGGCUUUGCUGCGCAAGAUUGACAUCAAUGUAAAGCGCAAUGAGGCCUUGCCUGCCACGCAAAUGCAGCGUCGUGCCCUCAUCGGACACAUCCUCAGCCUAGUGAACAAUUCGAUCCACUUCGACUUGCCCCAGACCCUCUACGAUGGCAAGAACCUCCUCCACAAGCUCGACAUUAAUCUUAAGCGCGACGUCAACGAGGACCAUGCAGUGGCGCAUGAGCGUCGUGCACUUCUCGGCCACGUCUUGAGCUUGGUCAACCAUGCCAUUCACUUUGACAAGAACGAGGUCGCCACAGACGGCAAGGCCUUGCCGAAAAAGAUCGACAUUAACCUCAAGCGCAGUAUCGAUGAGGCUGCCACGCCAGCUGAUGCGAUCCAGCGUCGUGCCCUGGUGCAGAACAUCAUCAACCUGGUCAAUGAUGCGAUUCACUUCAACAAGACAGAGGCUCGCAACGAUGGCAAGGCUUUGCUGCACAAGAUGAACAUUCAUAUCAACCGACGCGAUGGCGAUGAAGAGGCUCUUGCCCGCCGUGGUCUCGUCGACGACAUCAUCGGAAUCGUCAAUGACGUGCUGCACUUGAACAUCACAGAGACCGCUGAUGAUGGCAAGAAGUUGCUCCACAAGCUCAACAUCGACGUCAAGAAGCGCGACGAGACCCCCGGAGAGGCUCUUUCUCGCCGUGGGCUCGUGGACGACAUCCGCGGCCUCAUCAAUGACAUUCUCCACCUGAACCUUACCGAGACCGUGGAUGAGGGGCGAAGCAUGCUCCGUAAGAUCGACAUUCAUGUCAAGCGCGAUGGCGAAGACGCCGACGCUAUGGCCAAGCGCGGCCUCGUGGACGACAUCAUCGGCAUCGUGAACGAUGUGCUACACCUCAACCUUACCGAGACGGCCGACGACGGGAAGAAGCUCCUUCAUAAGCUCAACAUCGAUGUACAGCGCCGCGAUGAUGGCCAUCAGCAUCCAGUGCCUAACUUUUCAGCUACGGCUACUGAGCCUUCGUCCGCUGGGACCUCGGCCCAGCCUGAGCAGACUGGCAAGUCAAAGGCCGCGAGCAAGGGCAACAAGGGCGAUGACGGCGAGGAGGGUCACGACGCCGAUUCGGUUGCCUCGGCUGUAGCUCAGGCGGACAGCACAAGCUCGAUCUCCUCCGGCAAGCCAAAGAACAAUGCUGUGCAGACGGGUGCCGCUGGCCUUGACUUCGAUCGUGGAGCGUCAAUGGUCACGCACGUCGCAACUGCCAAGGCAGAGCCUACCGCUGCCUCCUCGGCAGCCCCCAGCGGAUCGUCCGACUUUCCUACGCAGCCUGCCCUCUCCGCCGGUGACGCAUCCUCCGCCGCCUCCUCGUCGAUGAGCGCCGAGCCUUCGGCUUCCUCAUCUGAUGCAAAGGCUCCCACCUCCGCAGCGGCCGCAGCUGCUGCUCCUGAAGGCACUGAGGUCGUCAUCAUCGUCAAGGCAGAGGAGGCUUCGGCCACCAAGACAUUGAGCUUCCCUGCUGCCUCGGCAUCCGCGGACGCUUCCGCUCCUGCCUCGUCAUCGUCCGCAGAAUCCUCGGCACCAUCGGACGUGGCUAACAAGGGCUCAGCAGCGAUGAAAGUUCAACCAUUCAUGGGCAACGUCCGCAUUUCCUCUCGUGCUGCCGCAGCCAACCCGACAACGACUCCCGCAGCCAACGCCGCCUCCGCCAGCCUCCUCAUCUAAGGGCAAUGGACGUCAGGCGGAUGCGGAAGGGCAUGAGCUGAAGAAGGGUCACUACUCGA